AUAUGCUGUACGAAGUAAGCCGAAGUUCGAUGCACGAAGCAACGUGUGGUUGCGGUGGGUUGUAGCAAAAGUAGUUACAGUAUAAGGUUAUAGGUAUUGUAAUAAUACGGUACUGUUUGUGUGAUGUCUUUAGUUAUACUCCUUGUAUUAUAAGGUCGAGUGUUUUAAAUGAAGGAGCAAUUAUAUGAGGAGAGUGUCACGUGAUCAUUUUCAUUAGAAAGGAAAACCGAAGUUCGAACGAUUCCGAUUAACAAGUGACGGUGUUAUCCCGUCGAACCAAUGAGGAUCACAAAGAUAGCUAGGGCUUGUAACAUCUAAGAGAAAUGUGUGGUUGGUGUUAUUGAAUAACGAUCCAUGGCUGUGAAUUGUGGUGUGAAGUGUUUUUCAAGAUGUGUCUGUACCUAUAAACAGUGUAACGUCUGUUUUCAAGACGUAUAUUGUACUUUUUAAUUAAUUUUCCGGAAUGUCUGGAAGUCGCUCAAGUAACGACCCGGAGCAUAAGUCACCACGAGAAAGUGGCGAAGAUUCCGAAGAUGAGAGUGAAAUUUUAGAAGAAAGUCCUUGUGGCAGAUGGCUUAAACGAAGAGAAGAGGUGGAGCAGCGGGAUGUACCAGGAAUUGACUGUGCCUACCUGGCGAUGGACACCGAGGAGGGCGUGGAGGUGGUAUGGAAUGAGGUGCAGUUUUCCGAAAGGAAGAACUUCAAGGCCCAAGAGGAGAAGAUUCAGCAGGUGUUUGAAAACCUCACCCAGUUGGAACACCCAAACAUUGUCAAGUUCCAUCGCUACUGGACAGAUACUCACAACGACAAGCCACGGGUGAUCUUCAUCACGGAGUACAUGUCAUCCGGGUCACUGAAACAGUUCCUAAAGCGCACCAAGAGAAACGUGAAAAAGUUACCACUCCAGGCCUGGAAGAGAUGGUGCACGCAGAUCCUGUCGGCCUUGAGUUACUUGCAUUCCUGUUCUCCACCCAUCAUCCAUGGGAAUCUCACCUGUGAUACCAUAUUUAUUCAGCACAAUGGCCUCGUGAAAAUAGGAUCAGUGGCACCCGAUGCUAUCCAUCACCAUGUCAAGACGUGCCGAGAUAACAUGAAGAAUAUGCAUUUCAUUGCCCCUGAGUAUGGAGUGUGUGUGACGCCAGCGAUCGAUGUUUACUCCUUUGGUAUGUGUGCCCUGGAAAUGGCAGCGCUGGAGAUACAGGGUAAUGGUGACUCUGGGACUCUGGUGACAGAGGAGAACAUUCAUCGGACCAUAGAGUCACUUGACGACGAGCAGCAGAAGGACUUCAUCCACAAAUGUCUGCACAAGGAGCCUGGUCACCGACCCAGCGCUCGAGAGCUUUUGUUCCACCCACUUCUCUUUGAAGUGCAUUCACUCAAACUCUUAUCUGCACAUGCUCUUGUUCACAGCACUGCCAACAUCUCAGAGACAAUAACAGAUGAAGUAAUGCAGAGACUGUUUGGUCCUGACGUGGUGGUUGCUGAAAUCAUCCACCCUGAUCGGCAGGGAGUGCAGAUGAAGAUGUCUGACGUGCCUGUUGCGGAGAAACUGGAGAAGUUUGUUGAGGAUGUGAAGUAUGGCAUUUACCCACUGACUGCAUUCAAGGCUCGACAGCCGCCGCCACCUCGACCGCGGCCAAUAUCACCAGAAGUGGCAGAGUCUGUGAAAUCUGUUACACCGGAACCAGUUGAUGUCGAAACGAGGAGAGUCGUCAAUAUGAUGUGCAACGUCAAGCCCAAGGAUGAGGGCUGUGAAUUGCUGAUGACUAUUUUACUCCGCAUGGAUGACAAGAUGAACCGACAACUGACAUGUCUGGUUUCUGAAAUUGACACAUCCCUACUUCUGGCUCAGGAACUUGUUCAUUUUGGCUUCAUCAAUGAGGCUGAUAGGGAGAAGAUUGCCAAUCUGAUUGAAGACACCCUUCAGAGUUGCUUCAACAACCAGCUCCUAAGUCCAACCAGUGGCAACUCUCAGCUCCUCGGCACCACCGCCCUUUUUCCACCACAGCCGCCACUUCUUGUAUCUCAAGCAGCCAACAAUCAAGUGACGGUACACUCGGGUAGUUAAUAGCGGCUUCACAGCCGGUCGACUAGCCGAAUGGGCAAAGCCUGGGUGGGGCUCUCGCAGAAUCCGCUCUAGCAAUAUUAUCGCCAAUUGGCUGGUCGGUGGGCUGACUACAAGUGAACUAGCUGGUGCUUGGUGCUGUUUUAAUUCGUUAUCGUGGCAGUAAGGCAAGGUAAAGGAGGUACAGACCUAUACUGACAUCUGGUGACAAGUGGAAGAAGAGUGACAUUAUUCACAAGAAUAACCGGCAACAGUGUAAGAAGCGUGUGUUCGCUAGUGCUGGAACUCAAUAAUGCAAAUAAAUUGCUCCCUCUCUAUGUAAUCCCAUAUCCCAUCAGUUUUUCAUGUAUAAAUAUAUAUUUUUUAAGUCGGCUUGGUGCAGAAAGCUAGUCAUACCUCAUCCAGAGAGUUUCUCUUGCUCUUCAAACGUGUGUUGCUGCAGGUUUGGCUUCAUUUACAGGAGAAUGAUUGUUCUUUUUAUUGCCUAUAUCCUCUCUGCUGUCACUCUUGUUACUGCAGCUAGUUUUGAGCAAAUGAAAUGGUAUUCAUUGAAUUUUAGCCGUGAAUUAAUAGGCUGCUGUUACUGGUGAUGCUGAAUUUAAAAAUGUAUCUGAUUUAGAGCUCAGUUAUUUUUCUUUCUAGCUGACAGCAGCCCAGGAGCAGAGGAAAUGGCCUCUCAAACGAUAUCUUAUCCAUCCCAUGGCAAAUUUUUCCACCUGUCCUCUUACAACUCCGACCAAACUGUAUACAUAAUGCAUGGUAUAUAUCUGAUAGUGCUUCAGUAGUCUUGGGCCAUGUGUAAUCAACAUUUCUAUUCAGCAAAAAUAAAAUAAAAUAACAUAAAAAAUGCAUUUGGCUUAAGGUAUAAACCCAUAUAAUUGUAGCAAUUAAUUUUCAUAAAAUAUAUUUUUUAUUUAAGUAAUAUUACUCCUUUGUUCAUAAUUUCAUUUGAAUUUUCUAAUGCAAAUUGUGUGAAAUGUAUGGAGCUGUUUUAAAUCUCCUAUGUCCUGUGAUAUGUUAGUUUCUAAAUAUGUCACAAAACCCAAAAUGAAGUCAGAAUUUCAUGAUGAAUUCUAUGAGUGUGGUGGCAUGAAUUGAAUUCCAUAAGUUUGAACAGUUCUGGCUUUUCCCAUACUGAGUUUAAUGACAGUGCAACAUGUGCUGUGAGUAAUUAAAUGUGUUUUGUUGGAAGGACUCUUGCUUCUAGACUUUUGUUAAUUCCGCACUCUGUUUAUCGCGACAUGUACUGCGUAUAAGCUUCAUUUUGUAAAGAAUACAAUACUCAAAUAGAACGAUAGAUAUCUGUGUAUAUAAUGAAAAUACUAUUUUGUUAUUUUUUAAAUUGAUGUGUUUGCCUCUUGAGACUGAUAUGAGUAAUUAGGCCGAAACAGGAAAUAUGUGGAUGUUUAUGAGAAAAAUUAGGGCUUAAGUGAGAGGCAAGGGGCCAACUCAGUAAUGAUUAUGAUGUAGUAUAUACUGGUAGGGGGAGAAGUAGGAGGCUGCGUGCCCAGCAGGUGCUGGGCAUUUUGUGAGCAGGUGCUUUCUGGAUUGGAGAACUGGCGACGAACAAAAUGGUGGGCUGAAAGAAACAAAAUGGUGGACUAAAAUAUCAUAUCUUUGCAAAUGUAGCCUAUAAAUAUUUGUCCUCCUCCAGAGCUUGUAAAAUAUUUUUGCUCAAAUUCCAGUGCAGUGUUUUCUGUAAUUCGCAUCAUAAUAGCCUGUAUAGGUCUUUGGAAAUGAGGUGCCAUGUUUGUAAUGUUCGCCCACCAUGUCAUACAUUAAUUUAAAUGCUUCGGAAUUAGACCUUUAUACUUGUGUUGCCAAUAAAAAGGAAAAUACGACAUAUUGAUCUUCCCUAGUCUACUGAAAAUGAAACGAAAACAACACUGGUUCUUCGUAUGGCUCAUAUUGAGCGAGAUUAAGACUGUUUUGAGUGAACCAAUGCAAACCUGUGUGGUGGGAAAGCAUCUGACUGAUGACUGGUGAAUGUAUUUUGAAGCAGGAUCCAGUAAACCAUAUGAGUGCAUCUCUUCUUAGGCACAUGUUACUGAAUGAGUGGAUGUGAAGCAAAUCAUCAUAUGAUCACAUGAGCUCAAGAAAAUAUGCAUAUCAAGGUUGGAAAGAUCAGCAGAAAGUGUGUUAACAAUUUGUUGUGGUCAUUGCUUGUGUUGUAUAUGGUUCGUGCGACCCCUUUUGAAAUUGUCAGUGGCCGUUUUCACAUUGUGUUCAGCCUUUCUAGUUCAUUAAAUCUCAUAAAUAUGGCCA